UGGAAAAAGAGAAACAAAAUGGCGACGGCCACAGAAACAAAACCUAUUCCCGUCGUAAACAACGUAAUCACAGACGAAGAAGUAACGUUUGGUCAUGAAAAGCAAACCAAUGGCAAACGAUAUGUUCCUGUCAGUAUGGCCAAGACGCACAAGCUGCUGUGUGAUAAACAUUCGACUGGUCUUGUUGAACGCCAUCUUCGAGCUAUCCACAGGCUGACCAAAUAUUUUAAUCGUGGAUUUCUAAUGAAGGAUGUAGAAAUGGUUUCUGAUAUGCUAGUGAUCUGUUCUGAAAGAAUCAGUGUUGAUCAAAUUUAUGAAAAACCACUGUGUGAGCUCAUCAAAAUAUGYGGCUUUCCUUUUAUAAAAGAAAAAUCUUCGGAUGAAUCGGUGUAUGCAGAGUCUGUAGUCAACAUGCUAACAGAAUUGGGGAAUCUACUGAGGGUUCCUUCAUCACCAGUAAGAUUCACUCUUCUUGACUCAUUAACCAGAUUAUACUGUAAGCAGCCAAAACAAAGAAUGAUAGAUGACUUUCAGGUAUCAAGCCUUUCAUAUAUUAGAGAACUGAUAGAUGUCAGUGGAAUAGCAAGAACACUUACAGAGUGCUUGGAGAUGUUUGAUGAUCCAGAAUUAAGAAUUGAGAUCAUAAGAGUCCUUCAGCAUUAUUCUUCUUCAGCACUAAACUGUGAUGACAUGCUGUCAGCUGGUGCUGCUGGAUUAAUAUGCAGUGGACUUAGUGAUGAAGAUCCUACUGGAAGAUUGAUAUUUUUAUCUGUGGAAAUCUUAUGGAAUCUUCUUGAGCAUGGAACCAAGCAAAUAGUUGCUGACCAAUUGAACUGCAAUGAAUGUAUCAGUGCUUUAAAGAAUAGUUUUGUCAAGUACAUGACACAAGGCUACAGUCAUGCUGAUCGACAGUUAAGAAAUGACUUAUUGGCCUUUACUUUGUUGGUGGCUGAUUAUUGUCAAGAUGCACCAUUUGUGGAAACUGGAUAUCUCAAGCUCCUGGUUCUCUUUGCCACAUUCACAGAAGUAAAGAGCCACAAUGAACUUGUGAGAAACCUCAAGCUAUAUCAGAACCAUGAAGACUUUGAACUGAAGAAACUGAUGAUGAAUGCAUUGGUAGUUUUGAGUAGAGAUCCAACUGCUACGAAUAUUAUGUCUGAAGGGCGUGUGUUGCUAGCAUUAUUGGCCUAUGUACGUCCUAAUGACAAUCCAUCUUCAACGGAAUGGUCCCCUGCUCAGUUUGAAGAGCUCCAGCUUCAGGCCCUUGACACAUUGGCCAGUAUAGCACCAUUGUCUAUUGAUGAUUACAUGACAUGCCAGGGGAAUACUAGAUUAUUAAUGUUACUGGAAUGGUGUGUAGGUCAAGCUGAUUAUGGUGGCCAUGGCAAUAGUUUCUUUGGCAGUGGUGGUCGUGGUAAUAAAAGAGCUCAAAUGCGCUUCUGUUUGAGGUUGCUUCGAAGUAUGUGUUCAGCUGGAGAUGAURCUGUCAAUCAAGACAUGGUGGACCAAGGGACUAUAGAUCAACUAGUUGGAAUCCUUUUGAACGCAAGUACGAGUUCAGAUGACAAUGACUUGAUAGACAUUGAAAUGCAGUGUGACAUGCUCUUUAUUGUUUCAACGCUUUGUGAGGGCGAUCCUCAUAGAAAGGAGCUGUUUGGUGUCAAUGGCGUUAGAGUUGCCAUCGAGUAUUUGAAAAAAGGUCCAAGCAGAAUAAACAGCCCUCUGGGAUAUCACAAGCUUUCCCUUGCUACCGUGGACUGUGUGUGGUCUGCCAUAUUGGGAUGCUACAUCACAGAGGAAAUGUUUUUGGAACAUGAAGGCAUAUUUCUUCUCCUCGAUCUUCUGGAGAUCUGCCCUAGCACGAUGCAAAAUGUGAUUUUAGGAUGUCUGGUAGAUCUUUGUGAGAACCAAAAGUCUUUGGGUCACAUGUUGGCUUGGCGAGGGAAAGAGGAACUAACUGUUGGAAAACUUUUGGUUUGUCUUUGGCAAAGAGAAGAAACGCAUAUGGGAGUUGCUCGUGACAGCAACGGGGGGAUUUCUGAUCCUAAAAAGCCCUUGAUGGGUGCAUUACAAGAAAGGCAAGGAGUGAUAGCUUUACCUGCUGACCGUCCCAGCCAAGCAAUAGUAGACGUGUCUGAGAACAUGCGUGCAAAAAUUUUUGCUUUGUUCUGUAAGAUAGGGUUUAACGCUGUUCCAGGGUUAUCGCCUGUUGAUUACGUUACUGUCGCAAUCAUUGAAAAGUACCUCGACUUCAAGAUGUCAGAAACAUGGAGAGAAAUUAAAGAAGAACUAGAACAAGAAAAUAUUCGACCAGUUACACCUGACGCGGAAUGUUUAAACGAAAUCACCAAGAUACUUGACGAGAGAACCUAUGGAAUAGCAGCAGCUCAGGUUCAAUUGGUGCAGGAUGAACGAAGUCAGGAGCUCAUCGGGGAGGAGGAACACUACGAAACGAUCAAGGAGAAUCAUCGUCAGGAAGAGAAGUCUUAUAGAGACUUCUGUGACUAUGUUACCAGAACAUCAGAUUAUUCAGCACUCAUCGCUGCAAAACAAAGACAAUUCCAUAUUAUCGAUAAUUCACGAUUUCAAGGAAGACUACAUAGUGGCGAGUUCGAUCAUGGAACCCUUCAAGAAAACUUGCAAGCGACGGUGUUUUGUGGACGUAAAAUCAAUGUAGAGAGUACACCAUUAGAAUUUUCAAAAAGCCAUUCUGUGUCCAUGGACGACCAUGGCAAACGCCUAUCGUUGGUAACGCAGUGACAAGGAGGAUGCUUGGGCAAAAUCUACACUUGAUUCGAGUUCUUGUUAUAACAAUUGUAGUCUUGAUGUGGGAAGUGGUUGGCUGUAAAUAUUUUGUACAUGUAUUCGAUGACUGACGGAUGCUUUGUAAAUAAAACACUGUUACCUCUGUAGAGUUCGA